UUGGUUAGACUCGAAGUGUACGGUGGUGUAAAGCAGCAUCUUGGCACUGGCCCUCAAAGGAUCGAUACCAAGUCGGGUCCAGCUGCAGUACUGCGAAAUCUCGAGCAGAUCAUACCAACAGGUCGCAGGACUUACCAUGUCGUUGCAAUCGACAGGUUUUAUACCUCGGUUCCGCUCCUAAUGGAUCUUUUAUCAAAGAAAGUUUAUGCAGUGGGGACCAUUCAGACGUCGCGCGUCGGGUUUGCCAAGAGCGUCAUAGACAAAAGAAAAAACGACCAAAGACGUGAUGCGUGGUGA